AUGUCGCUCACAGCUCCUUAUACCAAUGCUAUGCGCAUUGGACAGGGUUUCAAUACCUAUACGCAAGAGAUUCGUCUUGAGAAUGCGGUGCGUGUAGGUGCGAGUGCUAGUGUGGAAAAAUCCAAUGGGAGUCUGGACACCAAACCGCAAUCAACUGCACCGCCGACGCCGCCCACGCCGCCCGUGACGCCGGAAAUCGCGUCAGCAAAUGGCCCGAGUGGGGAGAUCCCUACGGUGACCAUCAAUGGAGUACCGGGAUCACAAGAAGCACCAAAACUAGCGCGCAAUUCUCGCCCUGCAACACCUGGCUCCGAAUUUGGUGGUGCUGUUGACGUCGUCUCAGCUCCGCUGGAUGGUUUACCGUUUGAGAUUCCGGCUGGACCCGUACCGAAUACCAGUCAGAGUGUCACAUACUCUACCCGUGCUAUUGAGAAUGUGAGCGACAUCAUGGAUGCACUAAACAUCUCCACUUCCAUGUCUAUCAGAUAUGGAACCAUACAUGGCAACGGAAAUGCGUCCUUUGUAAACGAAGCGAGAGUGCUUGAUAGCGAACUAAACUACAUCGUGAGCGUUAUUGUCAACAAUGAUUCACAUUCGCCGAUCGAAGAUAUGGAAUUCCAGGAUAUUCCCGGUCUACCUCUCGAUAGGUUCACGGAAGUCUAUGGCGACAGUUUUAUAUCUGGCUUUACCGACGGUGGAGAAUUCAAUGCCGUUAUCUCUAUCAAGCUGAACGACAAGAGCAAAUACAAAGCCGUCAAACAAGCAGUCGACGUGCAAUUGGCCGUUGGUCCACCAACUUUGGAAAUUGGCGCAAAGGAAUCUUUCGAGAAAGAGCACAACGAAGCCUUAAAGAACACCGAGAUAUCCAUUUCUGUCAAUUGGGUUGGGGGUGGUGAGAUCAAGAAGCCCGAGGUCCCUUGGACAAUCAAAAGCGUUGUCGCCGUCGCCAAUGCCUUCCCUUCCAUGGUUGCCCGUUCUUCGGCGCGCACCCAAGCUGUCCUGACUAGGUACACAUCACUUCGGAGUUUUCAAAAGUGGAAAUGGGGCCGAUUGCUUGAAGAAAAGCGUGUUUGGGAGAGCGAUCCAAGAAACAAAGUGGGUGGCGAGUUCAACAGAGACGGGAAGAGGAGAUAUGAGGAACCAGUCAUUAUCCUCAACUAUGCACCGUGCUCACUCUACACGGCCGAUCUCUUCGACGCUCUUAUGAACUACAAGAAGUUGUGGAGGAAGAUAGGGGAAAUAUUGGCAAACCCGUCCCAGUAUAAAGUACGACCUCAGCCACCAAAAGAGCCGCUUAGCAGGAUAACGACAACAUCGUCUCUUCGAGCAAAGUCCUUGGCGAGAGCCGCCAACGGCACAAUCAAUAGCCCCGAAGUUGAUGAUCAAUCACCAUUUGAAGAUACAAUUGAUUUUGGCGGACUGCCGCGAGCCUUUACCUUCAACGUGGAGCAAGGGGAUGUGGGUUGGAACCUGCUCGAGAACAACCGGCGGCGUGACCCGAUUCCCCCUGAGCCCGUGGCGCUGAACGAGGCUCGUCUGCUUUGCAGAGAAGCUAUGACGUUGAUCACAGAAGAGGCUGCCAGACUUGUCGACCAUCCAGACCUUGCGUAUGCAGAGUUUGACGAGAGGACAAAGUCUACACGAAUGAAGCGUCCCAAUUAUGCGUACCCCGAAGUUCUCCAACAACGGCUACCUGUUCCUAUCCACAACGACAUCCUCUCGGACCUGUCGACUGAUGGUGCUUACCUCAAGACCAUUGCGUAUGCUGGCGAGGAUAACAUCUGGUUCGAGCCGGACAUGGUUGGAGACCCCAAGGCCAACGCUGCCGACCUUAGCCAAAAGUUUGGCAGCAUGAGCAAAUAUGAAGACUUUAGCUCGCUGGAGCUCACAGAGCCCCACGGUGCAGAGGGGCAGGGGCCCCUACGGCGUAUUUCUCUUCAUCGCUAUCGGCUGUCUUCAUGGAGGGGAUGGGUAGCAAAAGCAGGGCUGAAGCGCGCGGAUAAUGCAAUUGGCGCCAUCGGCCUUGCACGCCAUCACGACGACCCAGCUGCUGCAGAAGCCGAUGGUUGCCUGCACCAUCUGGGUCAUAUACAUCAUGGAGACCUUGCAGAUUCUCAGAAUUUCAAAGCCCUCGACCUGGGCAACGUGGACAUCACGAAAAUUGAUAUUGCCUACAUUCCCGGUACAGGCUACAUUGCUGGAAUGACCUUCUACGACCAGAUCGAUGGACAGCAUACAGAGAGAUUGCGUUGGAGGCAGUGGGAGGGCAAGGAGCCUGCUGGCCUUGUCCACAUCACCAAUGAGCCUCCGGACAGAGGUGAUGGAACGGUGUGGACCUUUGCCGGUUUAGCGGGAUCGUUCGUGGACACGAUGGGGAAUGGCCAUGUUCUGGCGCGUGUGACGGGGAUUUGGAAGAAGAGGAACGAGUGA